UCAGCUAACCUCAGUGUGCGGAGAGCGACCGCAGUGUACACCAUCUCCACGUUUUGGCAAAGAAGAAGGCAGUUAUCGUUGCUGAGUGAACGAGUUUUGACCACGUCGUACCGAUCAGCUGGACAAUCAGUGUUAUUUAUCGCCCACCUCUUCCCUGCCUUCUCCGUUCCACGGAUUUCCAUUCGCCGGUGAACAGACUUGGCGAAUGAAACGCACAUACGUUGGGCAAACGUAGCAUUCGAUCGAGUGAUAAUUGGAACGCGCCGGAUACGAGUCCGCGAUUUUAUCCGUUGAUGGCAAGUUUUUCCUCUAUGGAGGUGGAAUUUCGUUCGUAACGCGUGAGUGACGAAUCGAACGGAUCACCUUGUUACACCUUGACAGGCAAGGUAACCAAUCUCCUUUCUUGAUGAAUACGACGACGUCGAAAAGAAGCACGGUCGGUAGCCACGCGGUUGACGCUCUCACCGCCGGUUGCAUCUCCGAACGGGUUGACACCUAGCACGAGGAGCGUCUGCUGCGCAGCUAGCGAGAGAAACGAUUCCGAAGCGACCAUCUUUCUUCGUAUGGUGAUACAGUGGUGUUAUUGUUAUUGUUGUUGUUAUCGAUAUUUGGUGAUACACGUGCCCCGGUGAUACACGAGUCAAACUGACUACACCUUAUGUUUACAUAAUUUCAAAUUGUCCUUUCGAAAGCGUGAAAACAAAGAGUCGUCUCCUUCCGCUUCUUUUCGAGUGUUCUUUUCCGCUGUGUUUUACGAUCGUGGUCGGAAGGCGCGCGUACCAAACGACGUACCGGCCUAGCGAGAUCGGCAAAACAGUUUCAGGUUUUUACGGAUUCGAUUUCGAAGGUGGAGUCGCGUGAUCGUCCGCGCGAGAUCGACGACACGUGGAUUCGGAUCCAAUUCUCGUUCCUAGCUCACGUGGUCGUCGAACUACUACCGGCGACGCUCUUAUAGUGGCGCUUCCGCGAUAUAACGUAUCACGGAUGUUCCUCUCGUUGAAACGAGUUUGCUCGUGAUCAAUUUGAAAAUUGUCGGGUUAUCUGUGUGCUCGUUGAAUUUUUAUCGAUGUUCCGUAUCGACGUUGCGACAACAUCGGACGUGAUCGAUGAGUGUUCGGCCGAGUGAAUAGGGAAAGAAAAGUAGAAAAAAAAAAAAAAAAAUAGAGACUCUCCGUCAAACGAUUCUUCCGUCCUGUUGUCGAGAAUCGAAACGCGUGUGUGUCACUUUCAUGUCGCGAAUAGAAGGAGAGGGAUGACGGUGCAUCAUCGUUGUGCUGCAGACACCGUCGAAGAGGAGGAAGAAGAUUCGUGAAUUACGUAAACGACGAUCAUCGGUGCUGGAACGAGACAUCAUUAAUAGUACGUCGUUUGCGAUUCUUCGUAGGAUUUUUCGGAUCCGCAAGCACGCGGAAUCAAGCAGGCAGCGUGGAGCGCUCGGCGAUCGUGUGGCCGCGCGCCGCGGACCUCUAUCUUUAUCAACCAGGCUGUGCAUUUCUCACCUACUAUAGUCGUGACAGCGCAAUCAGUGCCCAGAACGCUCUGCAUGAGAAGCGGACUUUACCAGGGGGUGUGACGGGCGACCGGCUGGCCGGGGGCGCCGCACACCUCCUCCAUCUCUUCUUCUUCUUGCCACGACCACAACACACAAUGUAACAACAACUACCACUACUACUAGAGUCGUCCGCGUGAACCACGUUCUCAAUGUACUCGAUGUGAUGAACCGUCCUAUUCAAGUCAAGCCGGCGGACAGUGAAAACCGCGGAGACAGAAAGCUGUUCGUGGGAAUGCUCAGCAAGCAACAAACAGAAGACGAUGUCAGACAGUUGUUCACUGCCUUUGGCACAAUAGAGGAGUGUACCAUCCUCCGAGGACCUGACGGCAGUAGCAGAGGCUGUGCAUUCGUAAAACUUUCAUCGCAUCAAGAAGCGCUAGCGGCGAUCAAUACCUUACACGGUAGCCAAACUAUGCCGGGUGCGUCAUCCAGCUUAGUGGUAAAGUUCGCAGAUACUGAGAAAGAGAGACAACUAAGACGCAUGCAGCAAAUGGCCGGGAACAUGAGCCUCCUUAACCCUUUCAACGUCUUCAAUCAGUUCGGCGCUUACGGCGCUUACGCUCAGCAGCAAGCAGCUCUGAUGGCUGCGGCAACAGCACAAGGGACGUAUAUCAAUCCAAUGGCGGCAUUGGCACACGUUGGCGCCGGGCAACUGCCGCACGCGUUGAACGGCAUGCCAAACCCUGUUGUUCCACCGACUUCCGGUUUGCUCGUAGGUACCGGUACAGGGCAGCCUGUUAACGGGGCGAUACCGUCGUUACCGUCGCCAACGAUGCCCAAUUUCAACAUGGCUGCACAAACACCGAAUGGUCAACCAGCAGGUUCGGAUCCUGGUGUCUACACCAACGGGAUACCGCAGACCUAUCCGGGACAUGCCCUCCAUCUGUCCAUUCCAGCACAAGGGCUGCCUAAUGGGGAGGCGGCACUCCAGCAUGCCGCCGCGUAUCCUGGAAUGCAACCCUACCCCGGUGUCGCUUAUCCCGCCGUCUACGGCCAGUUUCCUCAAGCUAUUCCUCAGCCGAUGACCGCUGUGGCACCCACGCAGAGGGAAGGAUGCUCUAUCUCAGGACCCGAAGGCUGCAACCUGUUCAUCUACCACCUGCCUCAAGAGUUUGGUGACGGUGAGCUCAUGCAGAUGUUCAUCCCCUUUGGCAACGUCAUAUCCUCCAAGGUUUUCAUCGAUCGUGCCACCAACCAGAGCAAAUGCUUCGGUUUCGUGUCGUUCGACAAUCCAGCGAGUGCGCAGACAGCAAUUCAAGCGAUGAAUGGCUUCCAGAUAGGGAUGAAGCGUUUAAAAGUCCAGUUAAAGAGGCCCAAGGACGCAAGCCGGCCAUACUAACCAAAGUCCUAGCUUAGAGAAACUGGACGAUACGCACCCUACAUCAUAACCCACAGAAUGUCGUACAAGAACACGGGCUUAUUGAACGCUCGACGAUCAGAAGUGAUGAGUUUGAAUCACCGUUACAACGCUCUCCACUAUAAUAACCUAGUAUACUAGUUAGAUAAAUUAAUUAGAGGAUAACAAUUAGAAGUCAGUAGAUUGACUUCGCCGGCAGCCACGCGGCGAGGACGAAGAGGCUGAUAACGCUAAUGAGAACACAUUGGAUGUCCAGCGCUGAACCCAGUCCGAGAGAAAGGCGAAAAGAAAAGAAAGGGAAAGAAAGAAAGGGGUGGGGGGGGAAGAAACGCGAGAGUAGGAUUCACGCUUCGAACAAAACGAACGCUCUCGGAUGCUCGGAUACGAUUAAUCCUUUUACUAAACAAAAGAAAAAACAAAAAAAAAAAAAAAAAGAACGGAACACGCGUCGAUCUUUCUCAUCCUCUUCUUUCUAUUUUCCUACAUCUUAUUAUAUUUUAUACAUAUUUUUCCGUUCUUCACUCUCGAUCCCUACUGCCAAAGUGAGAACCCGUAUCGGAAUAACGGAGCAAAAAGAAAAAAAAAAAAAUCUUUCGAUACGCGUUUCUUCUCGACGACGACGACUUCGACAACCGUCGAAUCGUCGUCGUCGUCGUCGUCCUAACGUAACGAGUUUUAUCAUCCGAUCAUCCGGGACAAGUAGAAAUUAAACGGGAGCCUUUAAGAGCCUCUCGACCAGGUUUUAUCGUUCCGACGACACGCUAACUCUUAAAUAGUUUGAUAAAUCACGUGAUGGGAAAAACGUUCAAGUGCGGGCGACUUUCCAGGUAAACGGUAAACCAAAGAAGAUAUGAGAAGAAGAAGAAGAAGAAGUAGAAGAGGAAGAAGAAGAAGAAGAAGAAAAGAAAAAAAAUAAAACUCUUAGUUCCUGACGAAGCGGCAUGGCGAUUGUAGCCGACCGACUGUUUAAAAAAAAAAAAAAAAGUUAACUAUUACCGCGAUUCGACCCAUAGAAUACGAAAGAAAGUACCUAUUCAGAGAUUCUCUCUAGGGAAAACACGAGUCCAGUGUGUAUCGGUUGAAUUCGUUGUAUCGCCUUUUUUAGAGAAGAGGACACAAACUUUGCCAAUUUUUUUAUUUCCAACAACCAACCAAAGAUACAACAAAACCGUCGAAUAUCCGGAUUUAGGAUUUUUCGGUUUUUCGUCGAACAAAGUGAUCAUCGCGUUAAUAUUAUCGCGGAUAGGAAGGUCGUUAGGAUCGUUUCUUACGAUACUUAGUGGUGUUCCGUGGAAAGGACCGACGCGGUCUCUCCUAACGCAAAUUUGUCAAUCACGUAUACAGGGUGCUCGUCUCACGCAACGUCUUUAAAAAAAAGAAAACGAAAACGAAAACGAAAAAAAAAAGAAAAAAAAGAAAAAAAAAAGAAUUUCUAAAAUGAAAACUACUACUACUAAUACUACUACUACUAUUACUACUAUUACUAUUACCCACACACACACACACAUACAUACACAUACACGCGCGCAUUUACAAUACACAUCGUACACACUCGUACAUGUACACACACAGAUUAACACGCAUACACGUAUAUAUAUAUAUUAACCGAUACGAGAAUCAUGGAAUCAGUGCCGACCCCAAAACUCGCGGGUUCUUCUUAUCGGUUCUUCUUAUGUUUAUAAGAAUUCGUCGCAUACGCCGUAGGUUUUAUAUAUAUACACGUGAGAGAAUUUCAAGGGAUCGUUAGUGCCGUGUCAAAGAGUGUGUCAUUUCGAAGUCCGGUCGUCCGCGCCACGGCGCUCGUUUAAUCACCCAUCAACCGUCGAAUAUUUAUUACAAUUACUACCCCCCCUUGAUUCAUCAUCCUUAUUAUUAUCGAUCGUUAAGUACGAUUUUAUCGUUAAGCGAGAAAGAAAAAGGAAGGGGAAAAAUUUCCGGCCGAAACUUACGUAUAUCACCCAUCGGGGAUUCCUUUUGUAAGGAGGGAUCGUUCGAUCGCUAACUCGAAUUCACACAGAUCCGGGAUUCCUGUCGUUGUCCAUUCUCACGGCUCGAUCAUUCGAAAAAAUGACGAAAUCGUUUUGUCGUUUGACCGACGCAUCGCCCGAGAAAUGUCAACCAGGCUGUGAUUAUCCAAACGAAAGAAAAAAAAAGAAAAAGAAGGAGUAACCAAAAGGGGGUUGAAAGAAAGAGAAAUCGUUUCUACCCGUACGACGUAGAGGAGAGAUAGGGGAGAAGGAAAUAGUAUAGAAUCGUUUAAACAGAAUUGAACUUAGGCUUUCGAAGAGCUUUAUACUUUAAUUUUUAUUCUACCUAGUCUGUGUCUAGUCAUUUUUAUACAUAUAUAUAUAUACUUUGCAUUAGAAUUCGAUUAUAUUAUUUCGUUCCGAUAUAAGAUAUUUAUUUAAUAUUCGCGUGAAACCAAAACCAAAGUGACUAUUUAAAACUUAGGAUAAACUAUUUUAUAUUAUCUUUCGAAGGUCUCGAAGGAACUCGAGAUCAAGUGCAAUUUCAUUUUUCUAGACUAAUUCGUUUAUUUUAUUCUAUUCUAUUCUAUUCUAUUUUACUUUUUUUGUUUACUUUACCAAAGUACGUUGUUCCUGAGAAAUCGUCACGAUCGAACGUAGCGUCUUGCGUAAUUCGUAAUUUAUUUCCUGUAUACAAUGAAUACGUAUUCAUCGUCAAGAUCUGUUCGCGAGACGCUUGUGGUUGUGUUUAUGAACUUAUCCUAUUGUUCCUCGUUUGUUUUCGUUAAGAGUUAGAGUAGCUUGUUAUCAUCGCGAUUCGUUUAAUCUCGUUUCAAGAGACAACGAUGACAGUUAGAGAAAUUUUUUUCGUUUUUUUUCUUUGAAUAGGAUUCAUCCGCAAAGGGAGACACGCGACACGUACUUAAGUUGUUACACGAGUUAUCAUAGAAUUUGUGCCUACCCUGAUGUGAAAUGGCAACGGACGGUACACAUUGUGAAUAUUUUUUUAAGCACGAAAAUAAAUAAAACAUUUGGACAUUUAACGAGCGAUGCCCGGUCGAAUUAAGAAGAAAAAAGAAAAAAAAAAAGAGUUUCGCGCUUCAUUCAUACGAUUCAGAACGAAAAUGGAGGAUAAGAGGUGGAAAAGAGAGGGUGAACAGAACGAAAAAAUGCGCAAAGUACGUUAGAGAGAGAGAGAGGAAACUAGUGCAGGCGAGCGAUGGAACGGAGAAGAAAACUCUGAUCUAGCGAAAAAUAAUCAACCAAAGUACCAACAACUAUUCUAUAUAUAAAUAUAUAAAUAUGAAUUAUCGAAGAAGGAGUAUAUAUAUAUAUAUAUAUAUAAAUAUAAAUAUUAUAAAUAUGAAAUAUAAAUGAAAUGAAUAUAUAUAUAUAUAUACAUAUUGACCGAAGAAGGUAAAACUAGAAACUUAGUAAAUUAUUAUAUAGUUUAGCUAAAUCAACAUGGAGUAAAUUAUUAUUUCGAAGGACAGGGAAUGGGAGGACCGGCUCUAGUCUGGCGCAAUUUAUGACACGACUAAAAGCUAUCUCAAAUUUAUACGCUAUUUAAAUAAAUAUAACAAAUGCUACAAGAAAAAAAAAUAUAUAUAUAUACAUAUAUAAAUACAUAUAUAAAUGUAUAAACGAAUAUACGAAUAUACACGUAUAUGCACAUUGUACGGACGUAUAUAUUUAUUUAUAUAUUUAUAUAUAAUAUACGUAUAAAUAAUGUAUUUAUAGUUUAUAGGGGCAGGCAACGCCCUUCUCUUUACUUUUCCACCUGUUCGUACGAUACGUUGCCUGUUGCGUACACACUUGGCACACAAAACGAAUGAAUCAUUGCAAGAGACACUUAUUCACUUGCUAACUUCACUUAUACAUACGUACAUACAUACACGCAACCGCAAGAUAUAAUUAAUGUAAAAAGAAAAAACUAUCGUGGUACAUACGUGUACGUGGUUCACGUGUACGUGAACGUGGUGGCGCGUACAAGUAAUUACUCGCGAGACUAAGAGAAGAAAAAUUAAGGAAAUAAAAGGAGGGGCGCGCUAUAAAUUUCUCCCCUCCGAUGGAAAGCCCAAACGACUUGCUAGUUAUUGAUGAAAUAUUAUUAUACCUAUAUAUAUAUAUAUAUAUAUUUAAAAAAAACCAAUUAAUGAAUAACAGUAAUAGUAAUAUUAAUAAUACAAAAAUAACAACAAUAAUAAUAGUGACAACAAUACUUUGUAAGACGUAUACAUAAUUUAUACUACGCGAUAAACGUGUAUAUAUAUAUACACGUAUAUAUACAUAUAUAUAUACACGUGUAUAUAUAUAUACACAUACACGUAUAUAUAUUCUUGUCAGUUUAGGAAUGCUGAAAAUUCGUCUAGAAGCAUAUAUAUAUAAAUAUAUAUUUUCUAUAUAUACACGCAUAUAAUAUAUAUGUAUGUAUAUAUGUAUAGACUGAUGUAUCGAGGGAGCGGGCGUAUAGAUUCGCUGAAAUAACGCCAUCGAAAAAAAAAGAAGAGGAAAAAAAAAGAGAAAAGAAAAGAGAGAGAAAUCUUUGCCGAGACGUGGACCGAAAGAGAUGGAAGAAACGCGAAUGAACGAGACGAAGGAAACGUUACGCUCGAGAUCUGGUCCUUCCUUCGACUUCGGGGCUAAAACGCUGAAACCGAAGAGGAGAAAUGGCGUGUAACAGAGAGAUACGGCUGAUCACAAAUCAAAUUUGCUAAACAAACUAUCCGAAAUAUGUGUUCAAUGAAGGCAAAUGGUAAAUAUGUAAGAGAAGGAAACGCACGAAUUAACGCGACCGUAUGUUUGCCAAUCCGAGGUCCAAUCACAGACCAGUAAGAGCAAUCGCGAUCUGAACGCCCUCUGAGCACGGCGUUGAUCGAAUCACGAGCGUAAACAUAAUUAGGAGACGCGUGCAUCAACAGCGCGCGUCUGUCUUCAUUCGCUCGAUGGGUUGACACGCGAGACGGAGAGAGACAGAGAUAGAGAGAGAUAGAAAGGCCUGCGGGCCGUGCCAGUCUGCAGACGAACGUUUCAUUUCUCAUUGCAUUGUGCGCGGCAUCUCCCGGUACGCGUCCGGCAAAGACGAUUAGGGGACAAGCUGAGCGGAUUAGACCUCGUAGCUAGAUACGAGUUUCCUAUUCUCGCGGCAGAUCGGUCCAGUCGAUCUCUCCGCUCAAAUCGAAUCAACGCAUUCCAUUUUCGAGAUAGUACACUGGCUAUUAGUGUCGUCGCUAUUAGUAGUACGCGUAUACCACGGACACGAGGCCCCUAUUAUUCGUUCGUUUCUCGUUUGGAGUAUUAUUAACAUCGACGAGCAUCCGUUUCGUGUUAUUAAGUUCUCGAAAUAUGAAAAUUUAUCGAAUUUCAGUCGUUCUUUUCCGUUGGACAGUUCGCGAUGUCCUCGCCUUUUCACUUCUCCUUCUCCUCGAUUCGGUUUACUUUAUUAAUGAUUGCUAAUCGGAUUUACAAUCGCGUAUAAUAAGCGUUCAAACGGGUCAAAGGUAUUAUUUUUAGUUCCAAGUGAGACAAUAUGGUUUGAGUUUAUACACGUAGUACGAUGCAACGUAGUAGAGGAAGAACAUUGGGACAUUAGAACCGCCAAAGUGAUCGAGAAUAGAGACACGCGCACACAUACACACCAUACAUAUACACACAUACUACACAUACACCAGACACAAAGCGUAGAUUCAUGCGCAUGCGCGCCAACACGACACACAAAGGAAGAGAUAUACAGGAAAGGGAAAGACACGUUUAGUAAGUAAAAAAGAAGAAAGAGGAAGAAAAGAAAGAAAAAGAAAAAGCUUGUACGGCAAGUACCAAUUGAUAAUAUCACUACGAUCUAAGCUUUUUAAUGUUUAAACGGUACAUAAAAUAGUGAAUAUCAAGGUACUCAACCUACCCUAAUAAAAAAAAAAAAGAAAAUACCAUAAUAAUAGCUAUAAAUUCAUAUAAAUAUUAAUGUACACAUAUACAUAUAAAUGUAUAUAUACGAAGGUAAACGAAAAUUGUAAACAAAACCGAAAACAAAUACAACUAUUUUAUCCAACAAAGUUUUUGCUACAACCGAAGUAGUAUGCAUCUUGCUAUGGAAUAAAUAUGAGACUUAAGAAAGAAGUAAGAAAGAGAGAGAGAGAAAGAGAGAGAGUGUGUGUGCGCGUAUGGAUGAAUGUACGAAAGAGAGAGAAAGAGAGAGAGAGAGAAUAUUCUUAGCUGUAAGAAAAAGAAGAAAAUAACGAUAAUAGUUAAUCUGUGAGGAUCAGCUUCGAAUUUAUUUUUACAAUGACGUGAUGUAACGCUGAGACGAAUUCGCUGCUCGCUAAUUAACGUUCCGAAUUCUACUCGGGAAAAAAAUUCAAGCGUCCUGACGACGCACUCGGGUAUCGAAUUUUGUACCGAAUCUCAGUUCGACGCCGGAAUCUCUAAGAAUUCUCUUUUUAAAUAAAUAAGUAAAUAAAUAGAAAGAAAAAAGAAAAGAAUAUUCUCGAGUCGCCUAGUCCGUCGCUGAAAUUUUUCUAAAAAUAUAAAAUCGAUACUCGUGGUCGUCGUUGUCCAAUAGCAUCGUCAGCCAUAAAAAUUCCACGGAAAGCUCUUCGAGGAACGAGGGAAGCGAAACGAAGGAAGAGAGAUGGGUCGGGUAUUGUCUACUCUUUCCAACUGGUGGGGGAAUUUCUUGGAAUUUUUACGGUUACAGCCAAACGGGGACACGAAUAUAUUCGAUAGGAAAACGGAAACGGAAAUAUAUCCUUCAUUCUCGAAUAUAUAUAUACACACACUCACACACACAUAUAUAUAUAUAUAAAUAUAUAUACAUACCAAACUUUAACCAAAUAAAUAACGAUUCCAAACAACACCACAUUAUACUAAACAUUUACUAGAAUUUACCAUCACCAAAUUUACUCGCACAACAAAGAUGAACAACACAGCUAAAAUUAUCAAACCCUCUCGACACUGCUAUACCGCGUUCAUCGAUCCGAAAUUUUACGUGGAAAAUUACAAUUGGAUUCAAGUCACGCGCGCCGCGACCUGAUAUCCGGUAGCCGUGGUGUCGGUGAUACUAGGAAACAGGGUAUGUUUUUGCAAUUAUUUGCAUAACUUGUAAACUAGCAACAAAAUAAAAAAUAACACACGACGAUUCACGUUCGAUUACUUGCACACGCGCGAUACAUAUACACACGCACACACGUACACGCAGAGAGAAAGGCAGAGAGAGAGAGAGAGAGAGAGAGAGAAUCCAUAGCUACCCGCUUACGUACACCGUUAAAAAGCACACUCGACGCAUGUUAUCACGUGAACAGCAGGUAUGGUCGCCAUACGCAUUCGAUAUGUACGUAAAAUUCACGCGAGCUACGAUAUACGACACGUUGUAUAACACGAGAGGCGAGCGGGGCUAAGCAUUCACUUAAUCGUAUUAUCUUUAACACGUAUGAAUAUUAAAUUAGAUAGAUCUCGUCGUAGGCUUUAUAAGCGCGAUUUAUUCAACACUCGACAAUUUGUGGACAGGAUUUUUCAUGAUCAUCAUCGUCGUUAUUUUUGAUGCGAUUAUUGUGCACUGCCACUCUCUGCUCCUUUUAUCUAUUAUUAUUUAUUCGAUUAGGGCAAUUUCUUAAUAUCGAAAAUAUAUGCAAGGGACGUAUAACGGUAACGAUUGUUUUCAUUAAGUUACGUUGAAUCGCGUUCAAUUCCCGCACAAAAGGAUAACUUUUUUUCUCGAGGAUAAAAAUAUAUCGUUUUCUCGAAAUGGAUAACAAGAGAGAGGAGCAGCGGCACGCGAAACAUCAAAAUCAUCGAAGAAGCGUCAGGCGAGUCACAAGCUCGUUCUUCCUUUCCUUUUCUGUACACCACCUCGGUUUCUUUGCAUCAAGUCCACCCGAUUAAUAAGACGAGUUAUUAAUAAGAUUGCUUUCUCGAAAAAAGGAUAAACAUUCUCAUGCGCGCGCGCGUACGCCAGAUUAAGAAGUGGAGCAAAUUAGUGAAUUAGUUGAGAAUUGUACUUAAAAAAAAAAAAUAGAUUCGCAGUUACUUAAUGAUAAAUCGAAGAAGAAGAAGAAGAAUUAAAAGAAAAAAAGAAAAAAAGAAAAAAAAAAGGAACAUUUAAUUAAAUAAAAAAGUAAAAAAUCGGCGUUAUUUCAGACAAGUUCAAGCCGACCGAUGUCAAUUCCUUCAGGUACGCUUAUGCGUUAUCGCGAGAACAAUGCGAAGAAAACAAAUAAAAUUCGGUUUUUUCUAAACGUACCAAAUCGAUGUCUUUUCAUUGCGACUGUAUUAAUGUUUAGGAUCGGACACAUCGAUUGUUGUAGUCGUUGGUCAUCCAAAAUUACUUAGGACAUUUGUUCGAGCGUUGUAGGUACAGAGAAUUAAAAAGAAAAAAAAAAAAAAGUAAAGAGAAAGAAAAGAAGAAAAAAAAAGAAAAAAGGGGGGAAAAAGAAGAGAGAAAAAAAAAUAUAUAUAUAUAUAAACGAAAUACAAAUCACACGUGUGUAAUCUUGUAUAUUUACCCGGCCACAUUUCGAUCGACUAUCCGGGACCAAUCAUACUUUCUGACACGAAACAACAAGCGUUUCCUAGUUCUGCCGUUCGGUAUGCAAGAGUAAAAUUUUCUUAGGCGAAUACAAAGAGGACAAAAAGAAAGAAAGAAAGAAAGAAAGAAAGAAAGAAAGAAAGAAAAAGAAAAAAAAGAAAACUUAUUUAGAUAGCGCAAAGAAAAAUAUAUAUAUAUAUAUCGCGACGAGGGAUAUAAAUUUCGCAAUUUCUUCAGUUCCAUACUUUUUUUUUUUACAUCCGGAGAUAUAAUUUCACGAUACCCGUCUUGGACCAACGACGUACGGAAUCAAGGAAGCGUGCAGAAGAAGAAUAAGGCUUUUUGCCGUGCGGAUGGGAUAUAUCUGUCUGGAGAGAACACACGCGAAGAAACUCGCAAUGAUCCACAUUUACCGAGCUUAAAAAAACAGUCGCCGAGUCUUUCUUUCUCGAUCGUGCGCGAUCAGAAGCAACGCAAAGAGUCUUCUUCCUCCUGUGCGAAACGACGGAAUUAAAGAUGCAGAAAAUCUGGAACGUUUGAUCAGGCAAUCGCCCUUUUCCCUUCGAUCAUAUCUCAACGAUUUACGUGUACCUAUGUACCAUUGAUCAUCAAGUUGGGAAUAAACGGGGUUGUAGAAAUGUAGGCAUCUUCAAGAACGAGUGGAUCUUCCCUUUAAUGUCGUUGUACAGUUGGCUUUUGAUCGUCGAGAAAUUCUGUUGUUCGUUCUUCUGCGAAUUCCGGUUUGGCGAGUGUGUUCUCGAGGUUACAAGAUCGGGGAGAGUAGAAACAAAAAUGUGCGUCUCGGUCUACUGCUCGGGAAAAGUUGAAAAAAAAAAAAAAAAGAAAAAAAAAAUAACGCUCUUGUACACAUCACUGUAGACGUGUAGACGUUGAGGAACGCGCGAUCGAUGUUGAUUGACGAGUUGAUGAUUUCGUUUCGAGACAUCAAAAUGUCUUUCUUUUCUUUCGUUCAAGGGACUCGAUGUGUCGAUAUUCGAGACCAACCGCGAUCGGAACGUCGUGUCACACACACAGUAUAUAUACAUAUAUAUAUAUACCUUGCAGAUGUAAGGGUGAAAAGAGGAAUUAAAUAAUAAUAAUAAUAAUAAUAAUAAUAAUAAUAAAAAUAACAGAAAGAUAAUUAAAUAAUCGACAAACAGUGUGUUGUACACACGAAUCAUUAGGACGAAAAAAAAUUCGGCACGUUACGAAUCGUCGAUUCGUGACGUCGGUUGAGUCGGUGAUCGUGUUGUGAGAGAGAGCGAGAGCGAGAGCGAGCGAGAGUGAGAGAGAGAGAGAGAGAGAAAUCAAAUCAAAAGAUCAGUCUUUUCUUUCCGUUCCUCGCGCGGGCAAUUUAGCAUCGACAGAGAGGAGUAUCGUUGAAAGAAAAUCAUGAUGGGAAGGGGGGGGAAAUGGGAAGAUCGGCCACGAACGAUUUUCCGAACGAAUUUUCGGACACCACGACAUCUUCCUUAGGAAAUUCGGGGUGGCCGUGGAAAUUUUCUUUUCGCCGGACGCUCGCCGCGAACGAUCGAGGGAAAUCGAGCGAUCGGAAACGGUGUGGCCGGGCAAAGAUUCGCGGGCCGACAACACCCGACUGAUGCGACAACGACGUAUAUCGAAUGGCUGCACGUCACGAAUCGACCCUUAGGGAGUCGCUUACAAAUGAAUUGAAUUUUAGAAAGUAAUUAGACCACCAAUUAGCGGAAAUAUAGAACGGGGUAGAGGAGCGUGGCACGAUCGGUUGCCGCGAGGGGCGCGUGGAAGAUUUAGGAAAAAAGAAAAAUAAAAAAAAAAAAAAAAAAGGGAAAAAAAAAAGACGCGGACAACAAGAGCGAGAUCCGAGGUGCGCGUAUACGGGGCACACGCGUGCACCACGUGUCGGUAGGUGAUCGCGGGUGAUUAUUAUGUAGUAGUGUGUGCAAAAGGAAAGGGUCGCGUGUGCGCGUGUACGAGCGACGAGUCUCGCGCGAACGUUUAAAAAAUUAGAGAAGUUUGAUCGAAGAUGAAAAAUUUGCAUAUAGCAUAGUUUUAUAUAGCGUGCCAUCUAUGCGUAUAAGCGAAAUGAUGAUAUGCAUAAACAAUUACUAACUGGUUAUCGCUAACACGUAAGGUUAUAAACAAAAAAAAAAAAUAAUAAGUAUAUAAUAAAAAGUAUACACUAUAAUCACUUAUACCAGGGGAGGAGGCUGGGGAGAGACACACGUGGAGAAAAAUGCACUCUGUAUAGUGCCGUGGUAUGGUGGAAAGAUAUAAAUAUUAUAUAUCGCGCGCGUAAUAAUGAUUGAAUUUAGGAAAUAAAUAAAUAAACACGUUGAGAUGGGUCGAGUGACAGGUGAUCGUGAGAAAGGGUGGGAGAGAAAGGAAGAGAAAGAGCGAAAAAGAAAAAAAAAAAAGAACACUAAAAAGUUAUUAACAGACAGAACAUAUUUUAAAUAAUUAAUCGCCAAACGAUAAGUUUUUAACUCUAACUCCUAGGGCGUAAGAUCGAAAUAAUAUAUAUAUAUAUAUACGAAAUAAAAAAAAAUAUAUUAUAUAAAUAUAUAUAUAUAUAUAUAUAUAUAUAUAUACACACAUAUAUAUAUAUAUAUACACAUACGCGUAUAUAAUGAUUGAAAGUCGACUCUAAAAUUAAAUGUAAACAGAAAGCAUACUUCUUAUAAGAAGCCACGCGCGGGUUAGUUACCGAGACAUUUAACUUGGAAUUACGAUGGAUCUCAACAAGCAUGAAAAACAAAUUUUCAGGGCAACAGUGAAACUUUCGAGUCACUUUUUGUGAUGGUGCUCGAUCCUUUGCCUCGAUUUUUACGACACGAUCCGGAUAUUAGUCUCGUCAUCGUUUUUGAAAAAGCUUCUCCUAUUUUUCGCUUUUACCUUUUAUCGUAUUGGACACCUGUUGUGGUCGUAUCAUUCAUAUGCAUCGAUAAUCGAGACGCUAUCGAUCACAGCGUUCGCGACACGCAGUUUCGCGAAUUUUUCGAGAUUCGAGCAAUCGUGUUUUUCUUUUUUUUUUUUUUUGAUAGAAUAUAGGGGCAUAAUAUAAUUAUCGCAAAUCGAGGACACUUUGAUGUUUCUAGUGACAUUUUAAUACAUUUCGUAUCGCGCCAUUUUCAUAAGAUAUAUAUAUAUAUGUAUGGAUUUAUAUUUAUUUUUAUUUAUUGAUUUUAAUUAAAAAUCAAAAAAAGGUAGUUUAGAAUAGGAUAUCACGUGACGAGGUAAUUUUUAUUCGUUUAUAUUUUCCAAUUAUCAAUUCAUUUUUCCAUUUUCAAGUUUUUUGAAUUGGAAUGAUACAAUCGAUGAAAUAAUUGUUCAAAUGCAUACGAAAUGUGUUGGGAAAAAUGGAAAAGUAGUAAAGUAGUCCUUGUUCCAACCUUUACGAGAUACAAUAUUGUGCCAACGAUGAAUCUUCCAAAUCAAUUUUCACUUUUAACCGAAAUCGAAUAUUACAAGCGUGACAAUAUUAGAAAUAUUAGAGAGAAUUUUUGUCAAUAAGUAAGAACGAGGUGUGUCAAGAAAUUAUAAGGCGAGAAUUAAUUUUUUUCGUUUCGAAUCAAUUAUAAAAACGAAAUGUUUAAAAAUAAUAUUCUUCAGAUACAUUUACAAACGACUGAAAUGACUUGGAAAUUGUUGAAAUUGUACGAGGCUUUUCGUUAAUUUUCCAACUUUAAAUGUUAACACUCCUAUUCUAAAUUUUAAUAUGAAAACCAGUUUUAUUGCUUGAAUAAAAUUCGUUCAAUUGUUGACGGAAAAUGAAAUUAUCGCGAAUCAUUAUUACUUACGGAAGCAAGAAAAUUAAAUCUCCUUAUUUCCUUAGCACACUUCGUAUUAAUAAAUAUAUCUUCUCAAUAAUAGCAUUAUCUCUAUAAAUCUUUUUCCUUUCAACUAAAAGAUAAUACAUCUCCUUUAGAUUUUUUUAAAAUUUAAAAAAAUUUUUUUUUACUUCUUUUUUCACGUGAAUUUAAUAGAAGAGGAAAGUUGAUGGGGGAGUGGCUCGAUUCUGACAAAUUAUAAUGUGCCCCUUCGGCGCCUGCUCAGAAUGCAACAGUUGGCUAACAAGUGGCUCUUUCGCACGAAACGAUAGCGAAUCGCGUUCAAAUCACCGGACGAAAUAAAUUCUCAAAGCGUACUUGGGGCAUCGACUCGCGUUUGAAUCUCGCAGUAACUGUUUUUCGUCGUUGAAAAAGCUUUCUCUUCGAUAAAAAUUUCAUCCACGAACGAAUAACGAAACUUUUAUUUUGAAAAACGAUAAAAUUCUUUGGACGAAGUAUAGUGUGUAUAUAUGUAAAAAUAGAUAAAUUUUGUACUGUAAAUUAUUUGAUCGAAUACUUUUAAGAAAGAUUUCGGUUUAAAAACAAGUUGGACGAGUUUUCCAUUUUAUAUUCAUGGAUAGAGAUCCAUUUUGUUUUACAUCAAAUAUUUUACUACCUUAAAAUUACCUUCUUUCUAUGUCAUUUUGAGUUAAUCGAAGCUAUAAAAAAAAGAGCGGAAAACAAAAGAAAUAUCAUAAAGAAAACUAUUUGAAAAAUUCUGUUGGCGGAAAACGAGUAAAUUUCACUUUCGAAAACGAAACCACCGAACGAGGGAUUGAGACGCGUUGAAUAUUAUCGUUGCAGACGUUUGUUCAAUGUUUUUUAAAUGGAUAAACGACAGUUGCCAGAGAUACGUGUAAAAUAGUUAAGAGAGUUAGCAACUGCCUAAGGAAAGGAGAGAAUAGUCACGCCCAGAACGUACCGUCCAGAAAAAAAAAAUAUAGAAUUUCGUUACGUGUUUGCCUGAUAGUUUUUUAAUGGCUGCAAAGAUGAAAAAGAAGAAGAAAAAAGAAGAAGAAGAAGAAGAAGAAGAAGAAGAAGAAGAUGAAGGAAAGAAGAAUAAUCGAACGUGAUUAGAGCGCGCAGCGAUCUUUGUAUUAAUUAUUAUAGAUCGAUUUCACUAGCUUCUUUCUCAAAAAUAUCGUGGCAGGUUUAAGAACGAAACGACGUAUACAAGGGUACCGUAUAUCGAGCAGCUGUCGUUCGUUGGUCGAAUGAUAAAACAGUUCUACGUACCACGAAGGUGUGCAACUAAUUUUGAGACUGACUUAUACAACUCGCUCGCAGAGAUCUCGAUUACCGUACAAUUAGAACUUGCAGAGUUUUUGCGUCUACUUAUUAGUUAGUUAGAAACCGUAGGGAGGAAACAACUUUGAACAAGUUUCUAGUCAAGAUCGAAUUUUAAAAGUUCUUCUCCUCGACAAUAUUGUCGAUCUAUCAUCGAUGAUAUUAAAAUAUAUCCAAAAUUGAAGUUUAAGUUGAUAAGUAAAUACGACAAAUACAGUCUUUGACCAUCGAAUUAUAUUCCAUCAUCCCAUUGAAAUAUUAUAUAUAUAUUUGUUUAUUAUCUUACUUUUAUUAGAUAUAAAUCAUUCUCAAAGUAAAGUAAUUUCAAAUGUUUAUCCUUACAUCAAACAAAUAUUUUCGAAUAAAAAUUUCCAAAUCAAUUUUUUUCAUUGGAAAAGUAAGAACAAAGUGAUCUAUUGAAUUGCUUCCUCUAACAACAACAAAUUAUCCCAAUUCGAUGGUCACAGACUGUGAAAUGAAAUUUCAAGCAUACGUAACGAAUUAAUUUCAUCCGAUGAUAGGCUUUCGAUUCGUUUCGAGAUAAGAGAGAGAGAGAAAUAGGUAUUUACCAAUCGUUUCACCUCGAUUCAUUCGCUUUUAGCGCUUUUGAGAAAAACGUUUCUACACUACCGGCGUAGAUCGGAAACGCGCGCGCGAACGAACGAGAGAUACACGACUGCGAGAAUUAUAUAUUCCGAUGUAUCGAGCAGAUAUCCGAUCGGCGAUGUCAGGCAUCACGUUUCACUCGCUCUUCUCGGGUUAAGGUUUCGCUUUUUUUCCGACCGCUGGAUCAUUUUGAAGGCGACAUUUGACUGCAAUCCCGUGCUCGAGGCUAAAAAGAAAAAAAAAAUGUAGAAUUUUUUAACUGUAUUUACGACUAUAACCUAACCUGUAUAUUUUUACAUAUUAAAUAUAGGGAACGAAUUUGAGGGUUGACGCGGGGAGGUGCGAAGGAGGAUCCAGUAAAAAUACACGCUGAACAAAAAAAGAAAAAAAAAAAAAAUAAAAAAUAAUAAUAAUAAUAAUAAUACGGAAAAGACACACAAACACACACACACACACGUACGCGUACACAUAUAUACAAAAAUAAACAGGAAGGAACACGUUUGAGAACACAAGUUGAGAGAUACACGUGUAAGUACUUACGCUACUUUCAUUACGCGUACAGGUGGAUCAAAAGGAAAAGAAAAUAAAUCGAAUACACGCAGGUAUACACACGUAAACACACACACACACAUUUGUACACACUUACACGUUCACACGCGCGCACGCACGCACGCAAAAUGGAAAAUAUCCUCUUGCCUUCAGAGAGAAGGGGUAUAAUAUUAUACAGAUCGUAAAAAAGAAAGAAAAAAAAAAAAAAAAAAAGAAAAAAAAAAGGGUGAAAUCAGUUUUAUUGUUGAUUUCGGGGUGACAUACAAUAAACAAAAAUUUUAUAAUCGGCGGCCCUGGCCGUUCUUUCGCAUCCGGGGCCCAAAAACGUUGCGUAGUAUAAUCAAACACCGAUAUACAAUGCAAGAGUUUUUCUCCUCCGGCCGUAUCGCGCGGACCUCGAGGUCUUCGGGAUCGCCCCAAGUAGGAUUACAAAAAUUCUCUUUCACCCGCGCAAGUGGUGGAAAAAAAUCUUAAUGGUCCAGAAUGGUACUUGGCGAUUCCGAAAAUUCGUCGACGUCCGCCUGGGCCCGAAUGGGAAUUUGUAUAUAAAAGGAAAGAAAAGAAAAAAAAAGAAAUAAUUACAACAUGGCACAGGGUGUGCGAUAUGUAUGCUGGUGCACACAGUAAUGUCCUACAUAGCGAAGUACUAAUUAUAUAGUGCAUGGAAAUAAUAAAGAAAAGAGAAGAGAAAAAAGAGAUAAGAAAACGUUCGCUGCACGUGUGGGACGUCUCUUGGAAAACGCCCUCUCCUCUUUUUUCCCCUUGACGACGAAUCUCGCCCUCGAUGCCCGCUAUAAUAAUUCUCACUUAGAAACCGCUGUAUAUUAAUCAAAUUUUUCGAAAGUAAAAAGUAACCAAGUUUAAACCGCUUUUCACUUUUUUUUUCUUUUUCUUUUUCUUUAAUCGUCAUUUUUUCUUUCUUCUGGUACAUCGCAUCUCGAGAACGAAACUUCUUGCGAACGUCAGACGCAUCUGGACGUACAUGCUUCCUUCCUCGUGGAUUUUUUCCAUGAGAAGAGAGAUUGUAAAGUAAAGAAAAUAUUUCUCUGUUAUAAUCGUUACAACAAAACGUAAAAACUAGAUAUCGAAAAACUUUCAUUCUAUAUAUAUAUCCUCUGACGUUUACGAAGAGAAAUUUUGUCCUUGAGUGAAAAUCUCUGUUUGAAAUUUCACGAUUUAAAUUCGAAUUGUUUGAACAACUGUGAUUCUUUGCGAUUUCGAUCAUACCUCGAAUAAGAAUAAUACUAAUUCACGCCGAUUAUAGAAAUAUCGCGAUCAAAAUUAGAAACAAUUGUUGCGUUGAACCGAGGAAAUUGAAUCAGUUAAUUCCCGAGUUAAUCGUGAAUCGAUUGAGAGAAAUAAUAAAAUCUUGCGCCAACUAUUUAUUAUUAUUAUAAGUGCGACAGUAUUAAUCCUUGCUAACCGUAACAAUGAUAAAAGUGAACUUAUCAAUUUCAUCGUACGAUAAUUCUAUCGUUAUAUCUAUCAUAAUAUAUUGAUUACGAUUAAUAUUAUUAUCCUCGACAUUACAACAUUGUCAUCACUAUUCUUAUUAUUAUUCUUAUCGUAUGAUCGCUAUUAUUAAUGAUUACAGACGAAGAGAAAUUAUUAUUAUUAUAUUUGACGAAGGAACGGAUAUAAUUGUACGCGAGUGAGUGAAAUGUGCGUAUAUUGGAAUAAAAGGGGAAGAGUUAAUAAUCAUUGGAUCAGCCGGCGAGGCCAAAAAAUAAAGAAAAAGAAAAAGAAAAAAAAAAAAGAAACGAAAAGUGGCAAACGGGGGAAUCGAAGCGACGUAUAUAAGAAAUAAUUUAUAAUGGUAAUAAGAUAAGAGGAGGAGGAGUGUUUUAGCAUAUCAACGCGACAAAUUUUACGAAGGCAUGCGCGGAACAAUGAUAGGACACGCCGUUGUAGAAAUAUUUCGAUAAUGUAUAAUGUAUAAUUUAGAGAUGAAAAAAAAUUAAAACGGGAGAGGGUUGACACGGCUUGCCGAGGCUUCGAAGACAAAACACGGCGCACGGUGGAAUAUACGAGAUGUACGUAUUGUUUCGCGACAAAGUCAUAUUUCUUCUCUGACACGAUUCGACGAUUUAAACGAUUUUCCUUUUCCCUCGAGAGAGAAAGAGAGAGAUAGAGAAGACGUACGUCUGGUGUAACGCUAUUAUUAUAAUACGGUGAUAUAUAAUGUAAUGUAACGCGAAGAAAGGAUGGUUAACGCGAGUAAUUCUCGUCGUAGUUGUAAAUAGUAGUAACGGCUUUCUAAAUUGUCUUCGUAGCCGUGGCGGGUUGUCGGUAAAAUUUUAAAGAAAAAAAAAAUAAAAAAAAAAAAAGGAAAAAGGAAAAAAAACUGAGAAAAAUGGGGACGACGGUCGUGGUGUUACGAAAUGUUAAUUAUUUCACGGCAGGAGAAGUGUGUAAAGUCGGUGUAAAAUAAAGUUAUAUCGAAUCGCGAUGCGAUUUGGUGUUAAUCGUUAUCGCAUCCCGCCUCGAGAACUCGUUGCAGUUCGGCCGUUUCUACCGGCGAAAAAAAAAUAGAAUUGUUAUUGUAAAAGUCUAUGAGAAAUGUACGAAAGGAAGAAGAAGAAAAAGAUGAGAAAGAGGGCGAGAAAUGGGCGAAAUAUGAGGAAGGAGGGGAAGGAAGAGGGGCGGCGGCUGAUUAAUAAGGGAUGAUCGAAGAACACGAAAUCGGUGGAACUUGGGAGAACAGCGUGAACGGAAGAUACGUCAGUUUGGAUUAUUAUUUUCAUAAGGAACGUGUAAUAUAAAUAUGUAAUGUAUAUCGAUAUGACAAAUUAACGGCAUCAUCGCGAUUAUGAUCACGACGGUGAUGAUGGUUAACAUUAUUAUUGCUAUUAUUAUGGUUAUCGAUUAUGAUUAUUAUGGGAUGAUGAUGAUGAUGAUGAUGAUGAUGAUAAUGAUGAUGAUGAUGAUGAUGAUGAUAAUGAUGAUGAUAAUGAUGAUGAUGAUGAUGAUGAUGAUAAUGAUGAUGAUGAUGAUGAUGAUGAUGAUGAUGAUAAUGAUGAUGAUGAUGAUGAUGAUGAUGAUGAUGAUGAUGAUGAUGAUGAUGAUGAUAAUGAUGAUUAUUAUUAUUAUAACAAGAAAAAAAAACUAAUACAAUUAUAUAAAAUAAAAAAAAUAAUUAUACUUAACACUUAUGUUAGGAAGCUAGAUACAUACAUUCAAGCAAGCGAGAACAAAUAAUAAUAAUAAUAAUAAUAAUAAUAAUAAUAAUAAUAAUAAUAAUAAUAAUAAUAAUAAUAAUAAUAAUAAUAAUAUUAAAAAAACAAAAAAUAAUAAUGAAAUUUCACACACACAUACCGACACAAAAAUCUGGGUGACAUGUAUUAACGUCGUACAUUUAUAUAUCAAAGACUAGAACACGGUGACGUGUGCGAGAAGUAGAAAGGGAGAGAGUGUAUGGGGAAACGAGCGAGAGGGAGAGAGAGAAUGAGAGAGAGAGAAUUUUUUAGCGCACUUCGAGGGAACCUACGUUUCGUCGAGGAUCGUGGAUGAAAUAGUUUUGCGUGUCGUUGAUAAAAGUUCCUUUUUUUCUUUCGUUCCUCGGCAUGCAAAACUUUAACGUAACGCUUUUUCAUUUGCAAACGGUUACUUUUGCCACGAGCCACGAAUUCUCACAUUUCGUUUCGCAGGAAGGACGCUCUUCAAAUUUCCUCGAUCAGCGAAUCGAAUGCGAUCGACGCGAGCAUUCGAUGGAAAGAGAAAAAGAAAUAAGAAUAAUCAAUCGCGGUGAAACAACAGUGUCACGAAUCGAUUAAACGAACCAAGGUUCCUCGACGUUCGCAUUUACUCGCGCCACAAACGUGUUCCUGUAUUCGUCGAAUAUAAUUCUUUUCUUGUUCUUUCUUGGUUAAAUUCUCUUCGUUUCUUUCUUGCGUUGAAUUACGAGAAAAAAAAGAAAGAAAGAAAGAAAGAAAGAAAGAAAGAAAGAAAGAAAGAAACUACGCCGAGCCGAAAAGUUCUGUGUACGACGUACCUUAUCCCACUUGAAGCUCGCAUACAGACUACAUAAUUAGCUAUAAAGGACAUGGCCAUUAGCAGAGAAAAUGUACCAUUCAGAUAGUUUAUCAUUAAAGAAACGGUAAUCAUUAUAGCUAUAUUAACGACAUUAUUUAUAUUAUUACGCAUAUUAUAAAAAUAAUUGAUAACAGAUACUAAUCCUAGGGUGAAGUAUUUCGAGAGAAAGAAAAUUUUGAGAAAAAUAAUAACGCGACCACAGAUGGCGCGAAGGCGGCGGUGCGCCAUUUCGAGCGAAAUGGGGUAACUGGCAAAAGUGAACAAAGGAAAAAAAUGAAUAAUCCGCCAAUUACUUUAACUUCGACAGUACUAUUAUUUGUAUAUGCCGAACGAUUAUGCCGUUUUCAGCGCAACAUAUUUUGGCGAUACUCUUUGGUGGUAUAAACUCACGGUGAUCAAUGUUUUAGGGGGAAGAAUGAAGGGUUGAUGGAAAAAAAUGUGGAUUAAAGGGUGGGAAAGAAUCGAAAAUAAACAAACGAACAAAAUAAAAAAAGCAGAAGUUUCUAUACUUUUUACGGAGAUUGUUAUAGAUUAAGCGCACACUGAUCAAGGCAUUCGUCGCUCGGCAAAGCAUAAUACAAUUAUUAAUAUAAAAUUUAUAACAGAAAUAAAAUAAAUGAAGUUAAUAAAUAUGUACACUGUAUAAUAAACAUUAUUUCCUAUUAAUAAA